AAGUAGGAGACGGGGUUUGUCGGAAUACGGAUGGGGAAAACAUAACGCGACGAGAAGAAACAGGCGUCAUCGUUCAGAAAUGGCGUCCCUCCUGCAGCCCGACAGAGCGGUUUAUCUGGUUCGCGGAGAGAAGAAGCUACGCGCUCCGCUUUCUCAGCUCUAUUUCUGUCGGUACUGCAGCGAGCUGCGAUCUCUGGAGUGCGUGUCACAUGAAGUUGACUCUCAUUACUGUCCCAGUUGUCUGGAGAGCAUGCCGUCAGCCGAGGCGAAGCUCAAGAAGAACCGAUGUGCGAACUGUUUCGACUGCCCGUGCUGCAUGCACACGCUGUCCACACGAGCCACCAACAUCCCGGCGCCGCUGCCCGACGACCCGUCCAAGACCACCAUGAAGAAGGCCUAUUACCUGGCCUGUGGCUUCUGCCGCUGGACCUCGCGCGACGUCGGCAUGGCGGACAAGUCUGUGGCCAGCGGAGGAUGGCAGGAGCCAGAGAAUCCUCACACUCAGAGGAUUAAUAAACUGAUCGAGUAUUAUCAACAACUGGCCCAGAGAGAGAAGCUGGAGAGAGACAGGAAGAAACUGGCCCGAAGACGUCCAUUCAUGCCUCAGGCCUUCUCGCAACACACUAUUCACGUGGUGGAGAAGUACGGCCUGGGCACCCGGCUUCAGAGGCAGAGAUCUGGAGCUCCCAUCAGCGCCCUCUACGGCCUCUCUCUGAAGGAAGGCGAGGAGCAGAAGGAGGUCAAUAUUGAACCCGCUCAGGCGCUGGAUGAGGUGGAGCCUCUGCCUGAGGACUAUUACACACGGCCUGUUAACCUGACCGAAGUGACUACUCUUCGCCAGAGGUUGCUUCAGCCUGACUUCCAGCCUGCAGGAUCGUCUCAGCUCCAUCCCAAACACAAGCAUCUGCUGAUGAAGCGCUCGCUGCGCUGCAGGAAAUGUGAACACAACCUGAGCAAACCUGAGUUCAACCCGACCUCCAUCAAGUUUAAAAUCCAGCUGGUGGCCGUGAGCUACGUCCCAGAAGUGAGGAUCAUGUCCAUUCCAAACCUGCGUCACAUGAAAGAGUCUCAGGUGCUGCUGACCCUGACCAACCCAGUGGAGAGCAUCACUCAUGUCAGCCUGUUCACCUGUGAGGAAGGAGAUCCCGAUGACAUCAACAGCACGGCUAAGGUGUUGGUGCCGGCGAAGGAGCUGGUCCUGGCAGGGAAAGACGCAGCGGCGGAAUAUGACGAGCUGGCCGAGCCACAGGACUUCCAGGACGACCCAGAUGUGGUGGCCUUUAGGAAGUCCAACAAGAUCGGUUUCUUCAUCAAAGUGAUCCCUCAGUAUGAAGACGGCGACGUCACCGUGUCCUUCAAGAUGCGUCACGACUUCCGCAACCUGGCAGCUCCCAUCAGGCCGAGCGAGGAAGGAGAACCAACUGUAGAGCUCAUCUGGCUCACACACCAUGUCGAGCUCAGCCUGGGGCCACUCGCACCCUGAACACACACGCACACACAGAUUUACACACACACACACACACACACACAUGCAGGUCUACACAUUCCUGACAACCAAACCAGGGUAACACACACACACACACACACACACACACACACACACACACACACAGAUCUACAUAUUCCUGACAACCAAACCAGGGUAACACACACACACACACACACACACACACAGAGGAAGUCAUGACUAGUGAUAGCAGGAUGAAACUCACCUCAAUCAAUCCCUUACUGAUUUAACCGACUCACACUACAUUUACGCACACGCACACACUCCGUCUCCUCCUGCAUGCCGUCAUUGACCCGCAGAGCUGUAACUCUUGAGUAGCUCCUCCUCCACUCUCGUGUUCAUGCUCUCUCUCUCUCUCUCUCUCUAUCUAUCCAGCGCUCUCUGAUGUUCUAUAGACGGAUCGUGGCUUUUAGUCCGGAGCGCUCUGCUGAGUACUAACGUGGUCUUUGGUGGUCAAUAAUAAACUGUAUUAAUUCAUACCGUGGACAAAUAGAGGCUAAAAACCAGUGCCGAAUUUCAGUGUAUUAACGCUCUGCUACAACGCGAAGGCCGUACAACACGUGUAGAAAUGUUGCUGAUGUCUGAGUGUUCUGUAGCAAAGAGAGCUUUAAAAACAAGCAGUUCAUUUAAUAAAAGUCUGAUAUUUAAAAAA